AGUCCUAUUUUUGCAAAUUUCCCUCUUCGGGCUAGGGUUCGUUCUUCUGUAGAAAACUAAAAUUUCUAGCCGUCGUCUUCGGGGGAGGUGUUUCUGUCAAGAUCGUGAAGAGCCUCUCUGCAAAACCGGUGAGUUACUGUUUCUGUUUCCCCCUCUGCUGGAAUUUCUUCUUCGUCAAUGUCUAUCUGCAAAAUUCUAGGCCAAGUAGUAGUAGUAGUAGUAAGGGUUGAAGUAAGAGUGGCUUCUUCUUCGCCAAUAACCCACCGCCGGUUUUCUUCUUCAUCCAUCCAAGUUGAAGAAGCUUCUCAAAAUCAAGUCUCAUUCAGUGCGAAUUACCUCGUAAACACAUGUGGGUUUGAUCCAGAAAAGGCUAUCUCGGCUUCCAAGUAUGUCAAAUUUCAAGCCCCUGUUAAGCCAGACUCUGUUCUGGCAUUCUUGAAGAACCAUGGAUUCACCAAAACUCAGAUCACAAGAUGCAUCACGAGGCGUCCUGUCGUCCUCUCAAGCAAUCUCGACAAGACCCUUUUGCCCAAAGUUGAAUUUCUCAAGUCUAAGGGCAUUCCCACAACAGAUAUUGCUGAAAUAUUGUCCAGAACGCCCGCUAUGUUGACAAGAAGUUUGGAGAACCAAAUAUUGCCAUCUUUCAGUUUCCUUUCCAGUUUUUUGGAAUCCGAAGAGAAGGCUAUUGCUGCUAUUAAACGUUGGGGUGAUAUUGUUUUGUGUGAUCUUGAAACUUGUUUGCAACCUAACAUUGAAAUUCUACAACAUGCUGGUGUGCCUGCUAAGAAUAUUGUGACUGUUUUGCAGUACCAACCUAGAGCAUUCAUUUCAGGCACCAAUAGAUUUCAACAGGUUGUGGAGGAGGUAAAGAAAAUGGGUUUUAAUCCUGCAAGAGUUAACUUCAUGUUAGCAAUUGUUGCGUUGAGAACAAUGAGUAAAUCAACAUGGAAUAAGAAGAUUCAGGUUUAUAAGACUUGGGGUUGGUCUGAUAAUGAGAUUCUUUUGGCUUUUAGGAAGCAUCCAUAUUGUUUGGUGGCAUCAGAGUAUAAAAUUAUGCGGGUGAUGAAUUUUUUUGUGAAUAAAGUAGGAUACGAACCCUCAGUUAUUGCAAAAAUCCCAAUCCUUACUAGCUUCAGCUUAGAGAGGAGAAUUUUUCCAAGGUAUGCUGUUUAUGAAGUUCUGGUGUCGAAAGGUUUAGUCACAGACCAAGAUUUUCGCUUGACGACAGCACUGCAGAUAUCCGAAAAGUCAUUUCUAGAUAGAUUUUUGAAGCCUCAUGAGAGACAAGCUCCGGAGCUAUUGAAGUUGUAUAAAAAAAAGCACUGUCUUGCAAAGGCUCACCCUCUUUGAACCACACGAAGAACUAUUGUGUUUUUGCUGUGUUAAGGAAGUACAUGCUUUGAUAAGGCCAUUAUGGAGAAGCCACGUGGCUAAUUAUUUUUUCUUAAUACACCAGUGAAAUGUGUAACAUUUAAAUCAUUAGUUUCCUUGGCCAUGUAAGCAAGCAUAUAAAUACAUUAUUGAUAUUAAUUACUGGAUUUGUAGUUUGUAGUUUAAUGGUAGGUGAUAGUAUUUGUGAAUUUAAAAUCUCAAAG